GAGUCCCAGAUGAUGAGCAUUAUCCCAGUCCUAAAUUUAAUCCCGAAGCGCCCGAGUCUUGGUCCAGUCCUUGCUUCGCGUGCAAUCUCCAGCCUCCAGGCCCAAAAUGCUAUAUACUUUCCUUUUCAUGCUGGCCUUGCGAUAGCAACAGGCAGUCACCCUUUGCUGCAUCUAACAGCCAUCAAAAUUCUAUUUAACUGCUGUCCUCCUUUUCAAAUCUCUGCCACUUCUGAUCAACUUCAAAUCUCUCUCGCUUGUCUCAAAUACUUAAGUCUCUAUCUCUACAAUGUAUAUACCUAGAGGAAGAAGUAAAUUCUUGCUUACCCUCUUGCCCAUUUCAGCCCUUUACUUGAUCAUCCUACUAGCAACACCUCAUUUCAAGAAUAGCGAAGAAAUCCCACAUUUGCAUAUCCAAAAGCACAACCAAAUUGCCCACUCAGCUUGUGAAGGCACAUUGUACCCAGAACUUUGCGUCUCAACUCUCUCAUCUCUGCCAGAUCUCACUUACAGGUCCUUACAACAAUUAAUCUCCUCUACCAUAAGCAGAACAAUGUACGAGGUUAGAGUGUCGUAUUCCAACUGCAGUGGCAUCAAGAACAAGCUCAGAAAGCUAAACAAGAUUGAAAGAGUAGCUCUCAAUGAUUGUCUAGAGCUCUUUACUGAAACCAUGGAUGAGCUCAAUGUAGCAAUCUCUGAUCUCACUUCAAGGAAAUCAGUCUCUCAACAUCACCACGACUUGCAAACUCUAUUAAGUGGGGCAAUGACGAAUCAGUACACUUGCCUUGAUGGGUUUGCUUAUAGUAGAGGAAGGGUGAGGAAAACAAUCAAGAAUAGCUUGUAUAACAUCUCUCGUCAUGUUAGCAACUCCCUAGCCAUGCUCAAGAAAAUCCCGGGCGUUAAUGCAUCCAAAGAGUCUGAGGCUUUCCCCGAAUAUGGGGAGGUGAAACACGGAUUCCCAUCCUGGUUGUCGUCGAAGGAUCUUGAGCUUUUGCAGGCCCCACUGAAUGCAACAAAAUUUGAUCUAGUAGUGGCUAAAGAUGGAACCGGAAACUUCUCUACUAUUAGCCAGGCAGUGGCCGCAGCUCCAAACUCUAGCCUCACAAGGUUUGUGAUAUAUAUAAAGGAGGGAGCAUAUUUUGAGAAUGUGGAUGUGGAUAAAAAGAAGACAAAUCUGAUGUUCAUCGGAGAUGGGAUUGGGAAGACGGUGGUGAAAGCUAAUAGGAGUGUGGUUGGUGGGUGGACUACUUUCCGGUCAGCAACAGUUGCCGUGGUGGGGAACGGGUUCGUAGCCAAGGGUAUAACGUUUGAGAACUCAGCAGGGCCUGACAUGCACCAAGCAGUAGCCUUAAGGAGUGGUUCGGAUCUGUCAGCAUUCUACCAAUGCAGCUUCGUGGGCUACCAAGACACACUCUAUGUUCACUCGCUUCGACAAUUUUAUAGGGAGUGCGACAUAUAUGGAACUGUAGACUUCAUAUUUGGCAACGCAGCUGUAGUAUUCCAGAACUGCAGCAUAUACGCGCGUAAACCAAACUCAAAUCAGCAAAAUAUAUUCACUGCCCAAGGUAGAGAAGACCCUAAUCAGAAUACUGGAAUUUCUAUCAUGAACAGUAAAGUUACUGCUGCAGCUGAUUUAAUACCGGUUAAGAAAUCGUUCAAGACAUAUCUUGGCAGACCGUGGAAAGAGUAUUCUAGGACAGUUUUCCUUCGAUCUUACAUUGAUGAUGUUGUAGAUCCUGUUGGGUGGUUGGAAUGGAAUGGGGCGUUUGCAUUGAGUACACUUUAUUAUGGGGAGUAUAUGAAUAGGGGUCCUGGAUCCAAUACAAGUGCCAGAGUUACAUGGCCUGGUUACAGAGUUAUCAAUAGCACAACAGAGGCUAGUCAGUUUACAGUUGGUCCAUUUAUACAGGGAAGUGAGUGGCUUAAUGCUACUGGCAUCCCUUUCUUUCUCGGUUUGAGUUGAAUGCAUAAGAUUUAUUUGCAUUCAUUAUUUGGUGGGAAAUAAUGUUUUAAUCAUAUGUUAUUUAUUUAGAAUCUUUUGUUUUAGAAUUGAUAAAUUAAGGUUCUAAUGUUGGUAGCAUUUUUCAUUA